ACUCGUGUUUCGUCGUUCUAUCAUUCCCGCAGGACUUUAUUCUCGAGCACUACAGCGAAGAUGGAGGAAACUACGAAGAAGCGAUCGCGGAUCUCAUGGAAACUCGCCAGGCGACGCGAACACCGACCAGAGACGCGGCUGGCAUCGCGUUGUUGCUGCGUUACUACAACCAGUUGUAUUUCGUCGAACGGCGAUUCUUUCCACCCGAUCGAAGCUUAGGCAUCUACUUCGAGUGGUUCGACUCGUUGACGGGAGUACCGAGUUGCCAACGGACCGUCGCCUUCGAGAAAGCCUCGAUUCUGUUCAACGCGGCUGCUCUGUACACGCAACUGGCCGCCAAACAGAAUCGUUUGUCCGCGAGAGGCUUGGAUCAGGCGAUCGACGCGUUCCUCAGAGCAGCCGGUACCUUUCGUUACAUACACGAAAACUUCACCAACGCUCCGAGCAUGGAUCUUGGACCGGACAUGCUCGAGAUGCUGGUUCAAUUGAUGCUGGCACAGGCAAGAGAAUGCUUGUUCGAAAAAUUGGAACUACAGUCGAGAGACGGAAGGAACAUCGACGUGUCGUUGGACCUCGCACAGGAAGCGGCACAGGUUGCGGCCGUGUACAACGACGUCCAUAGGCUAAUUUCGCGCGAGCCAGUCCGAGACUACGUUCCGGAAACUUGGAUCUCGCUGAUCUCGGUGAAACGCGAGCAUCACUUGGCUCUGGCUCACAAGCACCUCGCCCUCGGACUGUUCGAUCGUUCGAUCGCCGAAUGGCGCCCGGAAACGAAGCUCGCGCUCGAACACGCGCAAAAGAGCGACGGAAAGACGCAACUGGACGUGAUCGUGCCGCGGGACGAUAACGAGAGGCAACUGUUAGGAAAAGCCCAUUUCAGGGAAGCGACAGCGCUACACGAAGAGAGCCAGAGGCUACAGAGGAUGUGCAGAGAUCUGAAAGCGAAACAAGCGUUGGCCAAAGUUUUGAAAAAGGUGCAGGAAUCGACGGUAGAGAGCUAUAACUUGAUCGGAGACGAGGAUGAUUUUCGAGGGCUACUGGAUCCUCCGGAUAUUAUCGCUUCCACGAAGUUUCAAUUGAGCAUCACGCAUCCAGACUUUGGGCAGCAUGGAGUGGACGAUCUUUUCAAGUCUUUGGGUCCAGUCGCCAUAUUUUCGGCCAAAAGGCACUGGACAGCUCCGCGAUUGAUACAGCUGCAAAGAGGUCCCGACGGCGAAGGUUUCGGCUUCAGUGUUCGCGGAGACGCUCCCGUGAUAAUAGCAGCGGUCGAUCACAAUUCGUUGGCCGACUUGGGCGGUAUGAAGGAAGGAGAUUUCAUCGUAGGAAUCGGUGACAAAGACGUCAAGUGGGCAUCUCACGAACAGGUGGUUCGAUUGAUCAAGCAGUCGGGUGACUUUAUAAAUUUGAAGCUGGUUACGCCGAUGGAUAGAAAUUAUUUGAAGAGGCCUGGUAAAGCCAAUCAGCAAGACAAAGGAAGCGUCUCGGCGAGCAGCUCUUCCGGAAUCUCUUCUGGUCAACCAAGCCCAGCUGGUUCCGUAACCACCGCUCACGUAGCCAAAAAGCUACCUUGGAAUCCGUUCAAAAAAUCGACCACGCAGCGCGACAGUAGAGACCUGACGUUCGACAACGUUAUCCUGAGAUGACUUUUCGAAUGCUACGCGCGAACCUCGAAAAAUCACCGGGAAUCCGAACCCGAACCUGAACGCAAACGAGCCUCAAAAAUUGUUCGUAGACGUUCGUUAUUUUUCGAGACUCGCGC